AUGCAGGCCGCCAACGGCAGUAUCACCUUCACCCACCCGGAAACAGCGUGUCGAGUCAUCUUCUGGAACCCCAACGACGUCACGAGCGAGAGGCCAUUUCGCCCACCAUGGGUGUGGCAUAAACACAAUGCAUGCAGGUGCCGGGAUCAUAUACUCUUCCCCUGCCUUCCUCGGAGUCGGCAUCGUAUGGAGACCCAAGUUCGAGAGCAAGUACAGCCCAACCUAGAGGUCUCACCGGGCGACCAUUGGGAUGACGUGGAUGAGUGGAAAUGGAGCAUCGCGGCGACGCCAGAGGCUCUGACGCUGAAGGACCUCCGAUUUGAGGCCUGGCGGCAGACUAUCAUGCAUCUUGCUGCAUAUCGGUCUGGAAUGGGCAUGCCUCUGGUCCCGAAGGAUAGCAGGAUCGAUGUGGAUGCGUACGUGGAUCGUGGAGAGGUCAAGUGGCUAGUGUUUGAUCUACCGAGAGAGGGUGACCACAUGAUGCAGAGGAAUGAUUUGGUCAACACUUAUGCGAACCAGGGCGUCGCCUACCCGCGGGUCCCGGGUUCGGGCCCGGCGGACCCCGUCCCAGAGCCAGCGACAACCAGGGUCGGAUGCACCUUUGCAUUUCACCUUAAAAUCCGAAGCCCGACAACUCCAUUCUUUGCCGCGCUAUCCAAGCUCCCGGGAAUGGCUCCAUCCAAGAAGGUUGACAGCUCCCGUGGCCGUGCCGGCCGAGAAAAGCUAGAGCAACAGCCAAUGGAAGAUUCAACCAGCAGGCGGAGAAAGACACAAACCCACCCCAAAAACACCCACCCAAGUCCAGCAAGAAAAGUCACCCAUGGUACGAUAGCUCCCAAUAGCCGGACUGGGCGAAUCAUCCGCCGAGAGAACGACCACGAAGUUCUCCAGCGUAGGAAGUCAUUCCUCCGUUUGACUUUAGGUUUCGGCGUGAUCUUCUUCUUAGCCUUUAACUCGGCUGAAUCCAACAUCCUGCACCAUCUUGUCUUCCCAUCGUACAAGCUCGAGGGAGAUUCAGGCGCACCGCAAUACGGGAAAGGGCCCUGGGAUAUCGUCUUCGUAGGGUUUUACACGGCACUGCUCUGUUUCCUGCGUGAGUUAGCCAUGCAAGAGCUGUUGCUGCCACUGGCUCGUAGAUGUGGUAUCCGCCAACGAGGCAAGCAGAUGCGUUUCAUGGAACAGAUGCAUGCAGCCCUGUAUACUGCAUUCGUCGGUCCCUUCGGACUCUAUUGCAUGAGUAAAACGCCAGUCUGGUAUUUCAACACCCGGGGCAUGUAUGAGUCUUAUCCGCACCAAACACACGAAGCCAGUGUCAAAUUCUAUUACUUGUUCCAGGCGGCAUUUUGGGCUCAUCAGGUCGUCGUCAUGCUACUCGGGGUAGAGAAGAGACGGAAGGACUUCAAGGAGCUUGUGAUUCAUCAUAUUGUAACAGUUGGCCUGAUCAGUCUGAGCUACCGGUUUCACUUCACGUACAUAGGCAUUGCUGUCUAUGUGACACACGAUAUCAGUGACUUCUUUCUUGCAAUACUAAAGUCCUUGAAUUAUGCCCAAAGCUCCCUGCAGGGCGUCUCAUUUGCCAUAUGCGUACUGGUAUGGACCUAUACGCGCCACCACAUAAAUCUGCGAAUUCUAUACUCUCUCGUCACCGAGUUUCGCACUGUGGGACCCUACGAACUCAAUUGGGGUUUGGAGCAGUUUAAAUGCCCGCUUGCUCUUGCCAUCGCGUUUACGCUGUUAGCUGUGCUGCAAGCACUUAAUCUGUUUUGGCUGUACUGCCUGAUGCGCAGUGCUUACCGCUUUGUCUUCCGAGGCAUUGCCAAAGAUGAUCGGUCUGAGGAUGAAGAACCAACGCCCGAAGUUCUCAUAGCUGAUGGACGGGCACUUUGA